AUGGCUCCCGCCGUCGGUAUCGAUUUGGGUACCACGUACUCUUGCGUGGGUAUCUUCCGUGAGGACCGAUGUGAUAUCAUCGCCAACGACCAGGGUAACCGAACUACCCCCUCAUUCGUCGGUUUCACCGACACCGAGCGUCUGAUUGGUGAUGCCGCCAAGAACCAAGUCGCUAUGAACCCUCAGAACACUGUCUUCGACGCCAAGCGAUUGAUCGGUCGCAAGUUCGCCGAUGCUGAGGUUCAGGCCGAUAUGAAGCAUUUCCCCUUCAAGAUCGUCGACAAGGGUGGCAAGCCCAUCAUCGAGGUCGAGUUCAAGGGCGAGACCAAGACCUUCAGCCCCGAGGAGAUCUCUGCUAUGAUCCUCACCAAGAUGCGCGAGACCGCUGAGUCUUACCUUGGCGAGACUGUCAACAACGCUGUUGUUACUGUCCCUGCCUAUUUCAACGAUUCUCAGCGUCAAGCCACCAAGGAUGCUGGUCUCAUCGCCGGUCUUAACGUUCUCCGAAUCAUCAACGAGCCUACUGCUGCCGCCAUUGCCUACGGUCUUGACAAGAAGGUUGAGGGCGAGCGCAACGUUCUGAUCUUCGAUCUUGGUGGUGGUACCUUCGAUGUAUCUCUCCUUACCAUUGAGGAGGGUAUCUUCGAGGUCAAGUCUACCGCCGGUGACACUCACUUGGGUGGUGAGGACUUUGACAACCGUCUGGUCAACCACUUCAAGGAUCUUAGCACCAACGUCCGCGCUCUGCGACGUCUCCGAACUGCUUGCGAGCGUGCCAAGCGAACACUUUCUUCUUCUGCUCAGACCUCUAUCGAGAUCGACUCUCUCUUCGAGGGUAUUGACUUCUACACCUCUAUCACCCGUGCUCGUUUCGAGGAGCUCUGCCAGGAUCUCUUCCGAUCCACAAUCCAGCCCGUCGACCGUGUCCUCACCGACGCCAAGAUCGACAAGUCCCUUGUCCACGAGAUUGUCCUCGUCGGUGGCUCUACCCGUAUCCCCCGUGUCCAGAAGCUCAUUACCGACUACUUCAACGGAAAGGAGCCCAACAAGUCCAUCAACCCUGAUGAGGCUGUUGCUUACGGUGCCGCCGUCCAGGCCGCGAUUCUCUCCGGUGACACCUCCAGCAAGGCCACCAACGAGAUCUUGCUUCUCGAUGUUGCCCCUCUCUCUCUCGGUAUCGAGACCGCUGGUGGCAUGAUGACCAAGCUUAUCCCCCGCAACACCACCAUCCCCACUAAGAAGUCCGAGGUCUUCUCCACCUUCUCCGACAACCAGCCUGGUGUUCUUAUCCAAGUCUACGAGGGUGAGCGUCAACGCACCAAGGACAACAACCUUAUGGGCAAGUUCGAGCUCACUGGUAUCCCCCCUGCCCCUCGUGGUGUUCCCCAGAUUGAGGUUACCUUCGAUCUUGAUGCCAACGGUAUCAUGAACGUCUCCGCCGUCGAGAAGGGCACUGGCAAGUCCAACAAGAUUGUCAUUACCAAUGACAAGGGCCGCCUGUCCAAGGAGGAGAUCGAGCGCAUGCUCAGCGAUGCUGAGAAGUACAAGGAGGAGGAUGAGGCCGAGGGCAAGCGUGUCGCUGCCAAGAACGGUCUUGAGUCUUACGCCUACUCUCUUCGCAACACUCUCUCCGACCCCAAGGUCGAGGAGAAGAUUGAGGCCAGUGACAAGGAGACUCUCACUGCCGAGAUCGACAAGGUUGUCCAGUGGCUCGACGACAACCAGCAAGCCACUCGUGAGGAGUAUGAGGAGCACCAAAAGGAGCUUGAGGGCAAGGCCAACCCCAUCAUGAUGAAGUUCUACGGAGCUGGUGGUGAGGGUGCUCCUGGUGGUAUGCCUGGCAUGCCUGGUGGUCCCGGUGGCUUCCCUGGUGCUGGCGGCCCUGGUGGUGCUCCCGGUGCUGGUGGUGACGAUGGUCCCACCGUCGAGGAGGUCGACUAA